AUGAAGGGCUGCGCGCUGUUUUUUGCUGGAGUGGUGCUCUUGGGACUCCUCGCCUCUCGGGCGGAGGCCGGAUGCCCCAGCAACAGGGGGAUCUCCAGCGACUGUUCCUUCACCACUUGCUCCGAGCAAGAGUGCGCCGCCCAAGGCUUGGAGUGCUGUCCCAAACCCUGCGGGGGAUCCUGGUGUGUCAAGGGUGUCAGUGACGGUGAGCGUCGAGUACCGUCCCCGACGGUCUCGGCCUGCCCCGAAAAGCCCCUUCCCCCACCCAGGGGCGGUUGCAAGGGCGGGCGUUCAAGCGUCACGUGCGCCGACUUCCACUGCGGUGACCAACCCUGUUGCGUGGACGGCUGCGGAAAGCCCUACUGCCUUCCGGAGCUGAUAUUUUUGAAGGAUUGACGCUGGACCGGUGAAAUCGAGAACCACGAUCUUAGUGCUUCCGACAAAGGUUCCUCAGGAGACCUAAAGCACAAAUCAUGACAAGACAUGCUGCAGCAAACCCUCGAAACAAUAUCUGACAUAAGCCAAUAAAACGUAAAUUAUUUUUAAAGCGCA